CCCCAAGUGCGUGGACGUCGGGCUGCAGCAGCAGUGACUUUAUUCCCCCCCCUUAACUAAAGCAACUUAGACCAGCAUCCUCGCUCUUCUCUUCCACCUGGAAAACCACCCCCCCUGGAGCGAUAUUAACAGGAAAUUAUCGUCUUUUCGUGUGUGUGUGGGGGGGAGACAAGGAAAAGUGUGAUAUCUGUGAUCUGUGGAGGGACUCGGUCGCUACCCUGGCUAAGAAGGAGAGGGAGCCAGAACAAGGAAGCCGCAGAGCAGGAGGAGACGGGCUCGCUCAGCCGGAGAACACACUCGCACAUAGAUAAACGCUACCACAGAGCUGCACGCAGCCAUGAGUAUUGAAAUACCAAUGGGGCUGACAGAACUCCUGCAGGGCUACACUGUGGAGGUUCUGCGACAAAGACCGUCAGACUUGGUGGAAUUUGCAGUACAAUACUUCACUCGUUUGCGAGACACCAGGAGUCAGGAUGGGUCCGGCGCGGGUGGUAAGCCGGGAAAAGGAGUGAUGUUUGAUGGGGAGCCGAUGCAAACGGAGUCCAAUGGAGAUGAUGAUGAAGAUGACGAUUCAGACUUUGAGCCUCCACCACCCAGCAGAUACAACAGGAGAGUGUCAGUGUGUGCGGAGGCGUUCAACCCAGAUGAGGACGAUGAGGACACCGAGCCCAGAAUUGUUCACCCAAAAACAGAUGAGCAGCGCUGCAGACUGCAAGAGGCCUGCCGAGACAUCCUACUCUUCAAAACACUAGAUCAGGAGCAGUUCUCACAGGUGCUGGACGCCAUGUUUGAGUUGAAGGUUCAGCCCCAGGAACACGUCAUCGACCAGGGAGACGAUGGAGACAACUUCUAUGUCAUAGAGAGGGGUCUGUUUGACAUCCAGGUGUCAGGAAAAUGUGUGGGUCAGUACAACAAUAAGGGCAGCUUCGGAGAGCUGGCGCUCAUGUACAACACACCACGUGCCGCCACCAUCAUCGCCACUGAGGACGGGGCACUAUGGGGCCUGGACCGUGCUACAUUUCGACGGCUCAUUUUAAAGAACAAUGCCAAGAAGAGAAAGAUGUACGAGUGUUUCAUUGAGUCCGUGCCCUUACUCAAAACACUGGAGGCAAACGAGAGGAUGAAGAUCGUGGAUGUAUUAGGAAUGAAACAGUUCUCAGAUGGCGAGCGCAUCAUCGUACAGGGAGACAAGGCUGACUGCUUCUACAUCGUAGAGUCUGGGGAGGUCAAGAUCAUGAUGAAGAGUAAAACGAAGGCAGACCAUGCAGACAAUGCGGAGGUGGAGUUAACGCGCUGCAACAGGGGUCAGUACUUCGGGGAGCUGGCCUUGGUCACUAACAAGCCCCGGGCCGCCUCAGCCUACGCAGUAGGAGACGUAAAGUGUUUGGUAAUAGACAUCCAGGCGUUCGAGCGCCUCCUGGGUUCCUGUAAGGAGAUCAUGAAGAGGAACAUCGCCCACUAUGAGGAGCAGCUGGUGGCUCUGUUCGGCUCCAGCAUGGACCUGAGAGACUGAGCCUCCCACACCGCCCUCCGUGCCUUCUUUUACAUCCAUCCACACACACACGCACACACACACACACACACACACACACAGCCAGACAUAUGUCCUCGCUCACAUCAUGCAGUGGCUAAAUGGACUCAUAAGCUUUACACAGAUGGUGCAAACGCAUGGGAAAGUGUGUUUGCCUCACCUGCAGGUACAUCAAUACUUAAGAGUGCAAACAUAUUCACCCUCUCACACACAGACACCUGUGGUAGGCACUGACAGACGCACACACUCCACUCGGUCUGCUCACCCUCAAGCACAUGCAAGCUCCACAAACUUCAUCAGCAGACAUGAUUAAACGCACUCAUACAUAUGCACAGCCAGCUGAAGGCCAGGCCCCCUGUUGCUUGAGCCAGCUUCAACCUCUCAGUAUGAAUGUCUCUGCUGCAGUGACCUUAAUACAGGUGAAAGCAGCGUAAGGACGCUUAUGAGUAACACACACAUAUAUACACACGUACACACUCCCAACACACACUGAAAAACACACCCUCGUGCGUCAUGUGUGCAGGCUUUACAUUCACAUGAGCUCUUGAACAACUUGGUUGUUCCAAGCCUCAGCCAAGGACACAUCAACAUACAGAAACACACACAGGGUUACAGGAACAGACACUCCGAAACACAAACACACGAGCAAAAACACACAUGUGGAGAAGAAAAUCGUGAGAAAAAAACUCUCAGAAAAAUAAAAAAGGCAAAAAAAAAAAAAAGUUUAAAUGAGACAUAAGUUUUAGAAACAUUUUAUGAAGAUAAAAACAGAAGCUUUGAUAAAAUAUUAUUUAAAUAAAUAAAAAAAAGUGUUUCCUCUUUGGGAGGCUGGGGUGCAGAACUUUGAGCGCACUCCGUUUUCUUCCUCUACUGUCGUUGAUUGAGUUGACUUAGUGCUGGUGAGUAUUGCAGUACCACAGAGGAAGACGUAAAAACAAUAACCCUAUAUUUUCUGGGCCGUUGUUAUUCUGUCAUUGAUGCAACACUUCAUUGUAUUGAAUUAAUUAUUAAGGUAUUGUUAUUAUAUAUUCUUUUUUUUUGCUUUUUUUUUUUUGCUUUCACCAGUUCUUGAUAAUUCACCCUCCAUCUCUGACAAAAUGUAUAAACAGAAAAAAAAACAUAAAUAAAAACAUUAGUGCUUAAUUCACCUUGAUUAUCCUUGAAUGAGUUGUCCUGGAUUAAAAACGAUAUUAAAAAAAAAUAAAGUGAACAUUUUGGUAAAA